AUGGAUCAAAUAAAAAAUCAAAUCCCAACCACAACCGAGGAGCUCCAUUAUUAUGUCGAGUUGGUCAUGUCUAAACUCACAACACAUUGGGACCAAUUGACCGACAUAGUCCACCACCACACUCACGACUUGACUUUUGAUGGUGUAAUGAACGACUUUAAAAACUUCAACGUUAAUUCUGUUACAGUGUCAUUGACCUUGGUUUCGGUUACCACAUUGGUUCUUUUGGGAAAGGUGCUUGGUGCUGGUGCUGGUGCUAGUUCUGGUGAUGCUGGUAGCUCUGAUAAAUACCAUGGUGCCGCUGAUGCAAAGAAACAUAAAAAGAAAUCUGGAAAGAAGAAGUUGAGUAGAGCCCAAAAAUCCAACAAAGAGAUUCAGGAAAUCUUGGACUACGUCGAGCUGGAAUAUGUACCUGAAAUUGACAAGUAUAUUGAAAGCUAUGAAACGUUAUCCAAAGAUGACCUCGAAAACAAGUUUAAGUUCUAUGAUGAAAUGUUGUUGAAGGAGUUGGUCAAAUUGGACGGUAUCGACGUCACUGGCAACGACAUUCUUAGGGAAAACAGAAAAAAAGUCAUCAAAUUUAUCCAAGACCACCAAAAAAGAUUGGAUAAGUUCAAAAGAGACAUCAGUGUAUAG